AUGGGAUUGGGAAAAAUUGGGGAUAGGGAUAUAUCUGAGUGGGAUAUAACUGAGGUAGAUUUAUAUGGAAUUAAAUUAAGAGAAAUCCGUCUAGCAUCAAAGCUGGGAUAUAAUCGAGAUUGGGAUGCAAAAGAUAUAAACAAGGUUACGUUCAUAAUGGAUUACUAUAGGAUUGGGAAAUUGGGAUUGGGAAAAAUUGGGGACAGGGAUAUAUCUGAGUGGGAUAUAACUGAGGUAGAUUUAUAUGGAAUUAAAAUAAGGGAAAUCCGUCUAGCAUCAAAGCUGGGAUAUAACCGAGGCUGGGAUACAAAUGAGGAGAUAUAA